AUGGCCGACAAAGAUCAGGGCAACGAGGCCGAGAAGAACAUUGAGAUUUGGAAGGUCAAGAAGCUCGUGAAGCGCCUCGAGGCAGCACGCGGAAAUGGCACCAGCAUGAUUUCCCUCGUCAUCCCCCCCAAGGAUCAGAUUUCCCGGAUCGCGAAGAUGUUGGCUGAAGAAUACGGUACUGCGUCCAACAUCAAGUCCCGUGUCAACAGACAGUCCGUGCUGUCAGCCAUCACUUCGACCCAGCAGAGGCUCAAGCUAUACAACAAGGUCCCUCCCAACGGGCUAGUCGUUUACUGUGGUGAAAUCUUGACGUCUGAGGGCAAGGAACGCAAGGUCAACAUUGACUUUGAGCCGUUCAAGCCAAUCAAUACCUCUCUUUACCUUUGCGACAACAAGUUCCACACCGAGGCUCUUUCCGAGCUGCUCGAAUCGGACCAGAGAUUCGGAUUCAUCGUCAUGGACGGCAACGGCGCCCUGUUCGGUACCUUGAGCGGCAACACCCGUGACAUCGUGCAUAAGUUCUCUGUCGACCUGCCGAAGAAGCACGGUCGUGGUGGACAGUCUGCUCUGCGUUUCGCCCGUCUCAGAGAAGAAAAGCGUCACAACUAUGUCCGCAAGGUCGCCGAGCUAGCUGUGCAGAACUUCAUCACCAACGACAAGGUCAACGUCGCCGGUAUUAUCUUGGCUGGUUCUGCUGACUUCAAGAAUGACCUCAAUGCUUCCGACAUGUUCGACAACCGUCUUGCCACUAAGGUUAUUAAAGUUGUCGAUGUGUCGUAUGGGGGUGAGAACGGAUUCAAUCAGGCCAUCGAGUUGUCUUCUGAGACGCUUGGUAACGUCAAGUUCAUCCAAGAGAAGAAGCUCAUCGGCAAGUACUUUGAAGAGAUCAGUCAGGAUACUGGCAAGAUCUGCUAUGGUAUCGACGAUACACUCAAGGCUCUGGAGCUCGGUGCAGUUGAGACUUUGAUCGUUUACGAGAAUCUUGAGAUUACACGCUGGAAACUGAAGGACAGCAACGGCAACGAGGUUCUCCUGCAUCUCACCAAGGCCCAAGAGUCAGGGGACCGCGCCAUGUUCAUGGACAAGGAGACUGGCCAGGAGAUGGAGCUCAUCUCCCAGGACUCGUUCAUUGAGUGGAUCGCUGAGCACUACAAGGACUUUGGUACGAACCUUGAGUUCGUGUCGGAUCGUUCGACUGAGGGCAACCAGUUCGUCAAGGGCUUUGGUGGUAUCGGCGGCAUCCUGCGAUACAAGGUCAACUUUGAACAACUAAACGAUCUCGAAGACGACGAUGACGACUAUUACGAUGAUUGA